AUGCAGCGCGCCUCCAGGCGUGCAGCAAACCUGCUGCUGCUGCACUGCCAAGCAGCGGCGAGCAGCACGCCCAGCGCGACGGCGCUCCAGUCUUCGCGCGGCUUCACCACAAGUGCGGCUGCCCUCGACGCCGCCCGCGAGCGCCGGCUCGUCGCCGCUCAGGAGCGCGCCAAGCGCCGCGCCGCCGCCGCGGCCGCCGCUGCGGCGCCCAGCAGGCGAGCGGGGGGCGCCCCGCCCCCCGCGCCGCUGCCUGGCGGCGCCGGGGCAGCGGGGACCGGCGUGCUGGCAGAGGUGGGACCCCUGGCCCCGGCCGAGUUUGACCUGCCCAACGAGGCCGCACUGUCGCAGGCGCUCAACCGGCCGGCUCUCAUCAUCACCAGGGCCAUAGAGUGGGGCACAGUCAUCUUGGGGUACGAGGUGGCCACCAAGUACACCGUACAUGAUGAGCACGGAAAUGUUGUCGCCCUCAUGGCGGAGGAGGAGACCGGCCUGGGAAACUUCCUGGCGCGGCAGCUGCUGCGGACGCGCCGCGCGUUCAAAACCACAGUGUUCAGCCCAGACGGGUCUGAGGUGCUCUUCAAGGUGCACCGGCCGGCCUACCUCAUCAGCAGCAGCAUGACAGUCCUGGACUGCGACGACCGGCCCAUCGGGGAGGUCAGGCAGCGGUGGCACCCCAUAAAGCGCAACUACGACCUCUAUCUUGACAGGCGCCAGAUGGCGGCCAUCAGUGGGUCGUUCCUGGCCUGGGAGUUUGAGCUCAAGGAUGCAGCAGGCAACACCAUGGCCCUCAUAGACAGGAAUUUCCAGGGCUUCGCAAAGGAACUCUUCACGGACGCAGGCAAGUAUGUCAUCCAUUUUGGGUUCAAGCCAGAGAAGGCGGCGGAGAUCACCCAGACCACCCUGGAGGCACGCAGGUAA